AGAGGCCGGGAUGGCGCUUGUGUUGGCCAGCGCGCUGCGCUCGCGGAUGCCUGGCCGUGCCAAGGGACUCGCGAUGGACAUAUUGGCCCACGCGCUGACAGAGCUCAACAGCGGCCGGCUGCCGGCGUUCUGCGCAAAAUUCAAGGUGUCCUUCAGCGCGGGCUCGGCCGACGACGCCGGCGACGCCUCCAGGCCUCACCUGGACGACUCGCGCCGGGACCCCUGCGUCGUCAUCGAGAACGUGAUGGAGGAGUCUGUUGGCCCCCAGCGGCGUGCUUCGGACCCGCUGUCGGCGGUGGGCGACUGCCUGCUGCGUUCCUCGACGCGCAAGAAGAGCGAGACACGCGCAAACUCGAUCGUGCUGAGCACGGCGCGCAGGCUCUGCCGCAGGGGUUCGGGAGGCAGCCCGUACGCUGAAGGACACCUUGACGCCAACGCGUCGCCGCUGAAAGAUUCCCGGGACAAGGCCCAUUUCGACAAAGGGGCGGGCGCCCAGCAUGGCGAGCCGCUCCAGCUGGACCCGGCAGGCACCUCGGGCUCGCUCGAGUCGGUCCGUGACCACGAGCCUCUCUGCUCGCACCGCGAUUACGUGCUCCACUCACAGGCCGUGUUUGAGACCUACUGGAAGGGAAACCUGCACAACAUACUCGACGUGCUCAAGGAGCUCACCGACAGGGGCUCCGCGGAACUCGGCUGGAAGCGGCAGGGAAAGCUUCACGAGUUCACCAAGGCAGAGUUCGUGUCAGCAAAUCAGCGAGCCUUCAAUAUCUUCUUCACGGUCAGCGCCUUUCGUUGCUCCACUACGCUGCAGGCGGUGACUCGGGUAUGGCAGCGCGUGGGGGAGCAGGUGUCGACCAACGCGAGCGAAGUCCUAUCCCACCUCGAGAACCACCAAAGCAAUGCACCGUCACGACCGGACUUCCUGGCGCACGAGCUGCUGCCGCUGCUGCUGCGCAUGCGCGAGGUCUGGUGGAUCACGCAACGCCACGUGGCGGGGAACUUCCUCGCCCUGUACCAAAAGUACGACGGAGCUUCAGACCAGUGGCUAAUGUCCCUGAGAGAGGUGGACGUGCACCUUCUGCGCACCGCCAUCGUGCACCGCGAGAUCAUGGAGUGCGAGCUCCAGAAGGUAUUGCGCGCCGCAGACCGGGAACUGGCGUCCAGCUGCUGCUGUCUGCACGAGAUCUUCGUCAAGGAAGGUAUCGGCUACUGGCUCGCCGAGCACCUGGACCUCAUCUGGAGCGAGUUCGGCAACCAGGUCCAGAAGGGCGUUGUCAACCUGCACAAGGCGUUCGACUCGUCGUACUUGCGCGCCUGGGCGUCGUCGCUGGACGCGAACGCGGACGAGGUGGCGCAGAGCAUCCACUCGGCGUGGACGGCGUUCAUCGGACGCGUCCAGGAGAGCCGGCGCUAUGUCGUCGAGGAGGAGACGACGCGCAACGCGCGCCAGGACGAUAUGGACAUGGACACCAGUUCCAUACCGCAACGCAUCUACAUCUACACGAGCAUCCUGCGCCGGUACGAGGAGCUCGCGAACCACGACUGGCAGGUGACGUACCGUUCGACGAUCGCCAUCCUGGACCAGGCGCUCAGCGGCGGCGCCGUCGGGGGGUUGUCGGGUGCUUGCCUGUCGGCAGUGCCCGUGGCGCACACCAAAGUCAUGGUGAUCGUCACCAAGAUCUGGGAGGAGGUCAUGGUCGAGAUUCGCCAGGCCUUCAAGGAGUGUCGCGAGAAGUUCGAGGAGGCCAUCCUCGUCGACCACGGGCUCUGAAUCACUCGCGGCGAGCUCCGCACCUCACGUUGGCGUCACCCCAUUCACCACCGAGUAAUAAAA